UGCUCGACGACCGAUGCAGUAUGGAAUUAUUUUUAUUUUGUGUAUGGUUCUCAUUCAAAGCCUUUAUGCAGAAAUAAAAUGAUUUGUAUGCAUUUUUCAUCUACGUUACAAUUCCCAGCGCUGAUGAUGCUCUCUGAGCAUAUAUUUCUUUGCCCAGUAAGAUACGCAUCUCCACAAAUUUCAUUGUCUUAUAACUUUCCGUAUUUUGAAAUUGACCAUGUUUUUCGUGAUACGUUCAUUCAGGUUCAAUCCGAAGUUCCUGGAUCACCCAUAUUCCUCAUGAAGUGCGCUCAGAACGCCCGUCAUCUGGAAGUACAACUUGUGGCUGACGAAUAUGGUCAAGCCAUCAGUCUGUUUGGUCGUGACUGUUCUGUUCAACGUCGGCACCAGAAGAUCAUCGAGGAAGCUCCAAUUGUGGUUGCCCCUAAGGAAACCAUAGAGGCGAUGGAACAAGCAGCAGUGAGGCUCGCCAAACUGGUCGGGUAUGUGAGCGCCGGAACAGUGGAGUAUCUAUAUGAUCCAUGCACUGACCAAUUCUUCUUUCUCGAACUCAAUCCACGUCUGCAAGUGGAACAUCCGUGCACUGAAGUCGUGGCUGAAGUCAAUUUACCCGCAUGUCAAGAAUUAUACCGUCAACCAGCCGAACAUUUGCGUCGUCCACCCAGCUGUUACGUUAUCGCUGCACGAAUCACAAGUGAAGAUCCAGAUGAGGGGUUCAAACCUAGACCUGGCGACGUGCAAGAGCUCAAUUUCAAGAGUAGUCAAUCUGUUUGGGGUUACUUCAGUGUGGGGAGUGCUGGGGGAAUUCAUGAGUUUGCAGACUCCCAAUUCGGACAUUGCUUUUCUGCCGCAGAGACGCGGGAACAGCUGUCCGACCGCUUGGUAAUUGCCUACGCUUCAGAGUGUUUAGCAAUCCAUAUAGUCUGA